CUUUGGCAUCAACAAACUCGUAGAAAACAACGUACAAAGCAACGAAAACAGAGACAAGAUAGGAUUGUUAAUUGGCCCAAUAGAUUAAAGAUGAACGUGGCAACAAUCUAUCUACUUCUGGCGACAAGGAUGUUUGGAAUUGAAGCAGCUCAAUUUACUCAACUUAAAUGUUUUCAAUUUCGCUACAAAUUGGGACAGCAGCGAUGCAAACCAAAAAAAGGUUUCAAAGGUGAUUUAGUACCAUGCUACAACUUAUGUAACAAAAAAUUGGUUAAAUUUGAAGAUUGCAAUAAAUAUCCUGCUAAUAUGCAUUGUUGCGUUCACGACUGCAGAUGCGUCAUGAAAGGAGCCGGAUUUGUUGAAAUUCCCCAAAACUACACACUUUCUCUCGACGACGAAAAAAUAUCGCAGUGGAUGAAGACCGGAGUAGAAGACGGAUGUGAGCCAAAAAACAAAUAUCCUUUAUCAGCAAAGAUGACUGAGUCUGAAAAUACCAAGACAAACCUGGAAUUACCUAUUCACAAGCAAGAUAUAGAUGCAAUAAUACAAGACGUUCAAACAACAGCAACAGCCACCGGAUCAAGCGAUAACAAAGAAACCCGGAACUCAUCCAUUGCUAGCCAAGAGGGAACUUCAAAAACACCAGAAGAAAAAGGCCCAGAUAAAACAACUACCGCAAAUACUGUACAAAGCAGAACGGGCACAAAAACAGAGACAGUGAAGACGCCCGCGGCCAAAUGUGCUACAAAAAAACAUUUCUUAUCGCGAAUUGCAAGAAAAAUGACUGGAAUAUUCAAGCAGAUGGGUGUUGGUUGGGAAAUGAAAGUCGACGAUGGGUGCAAUUAAUGGCACUUGCUACAUCGUCUGUCAAAUCUAAAUUUUCAAAUUAAUUCUAUGUUUGUGUCUUUCUAUGUAAAUUUCUUAUCUUAAAAGUAUCGUGUGACUAGCCGUAAGUAUGAUUUGAGCUUUUAAAUACAUAUUGAUGACAAGAA